AUGAUGAAGAUUGGGGACCAGAUGCCAAAUCAUUGUUUCAUCAGCUCACCCACCACCAAAUGUACAGUUUCCUGCCAGGCUCAACUGGAUGUUCGUUAUGGUGCCGAUAAAGAAGCAGUUAUAAAGAGGGGAUGUACUAAUUUUAGGAACGAGCGUUUCACGAGCUCUGCUCAGAAUUCAGUAACAUACAUGUCUAGGAGGAAUGAAGAGAGGGCCAACUGUGGCCCGCCAUGGCAAUUGUUCUACCUCUCUGAAAUGAGUAAGAAACUGCCUGCCUCCUUUUACGAGAACCUCAUUUCGAAGUGGGAUACUGCUUACUGUUUGUAA